CGACGGCCAUCUGCGGUGGCUUCUAGUUGUCGAAAAAUAAGGUUGUUCGGAUGUACCACCAGUCUUAAGUCGCUAGCACUAGUCACUCAAGGUGGAAAUGCGCCUCAGCUGGACUGUAGUCCUUCUCGUGGGGCAGUUUGCAAGGUGCCGCGGAGACGCCAAGAUGUGCGAUCAGGUGAUCUGCGCACAGGUCAGCGCGGCUAGCUGCAAGUAUGGCCUGGGAAAAAACGGCUGCUGCUUCGUCUGCGCGAGGGGCCCGGGUGAGACGUGCCUGACGAAUGACAAAGAGUGUGGCAUCGGCAUGUUCUGCCACACUGGCCGACCGACCAGCAUUUGGACCAAGGCCGGAGUGUGCGUCUACUUCGACGCUUCCAGGCGUUGAUAGGAGUCAGCUAUCAUUAGCGCGGUUCAUGAAAGCCGGAAAUGCUACAUGAGAUGACAGCUACGUCGACAACGCUGACUUUGGACUUGUAUUAAAAUUACUUUGGCUUUGCUUGGUAAUAAAGUGGGCCUAGGCGCUGA